AAGUGAACGCCCUUGUCCCGCUACUGUUACAGUGCUCGAAACUGCGGAGUUCAGAGCACAGAUUACAGUGCACUAUACGCCACCCGUUUAGGCUACGUGUUGGAAAUAUAAUGCCUUUAAGGGUUGUUUUACAAGGUCCUGGACCGUGGGGCUUCCGUCUGGUCGGGGGAAAAGAUUUCGAACAACCUCUGACAAUCUCGAGGGUGACUCCAGGAAGCAAAGCGGCUCAAGCAGACCUUUGUAUAGGGGACAUGAUCCUGUCCAUAGAUGGAGAAUCAACAGAAGGCAUGACUCACCUGGAAGCACAAAAUAAAAUCAAAGCUUGCAUAGAGGAAAUGGUGCUUUCCAUUGACAGAUCAGAGUCAAAAAUGUGGUCCCCACUGGUAACUGAAGAAGGAAAGACCAAUCCAUACAAGAUGAAUCUGGCAAAUAAAGAAACACAGGAGAUGAAACAUAUAGGCUCUGCUCAUAACAGAAGUGCCAUUCCUUUCAAUUCUGGCAGUCCGAGGUUGGUCACCAACAUGUACAAUAACCCUGCUGGCCUGUAUUCCUCUGAAAACAUGAAGAGUUUUAACAGUGCAGUGGAUGGCGUCCAGACUUCUGCUGCAUCCAGUGAAGCCAGUAGGAACCCAGAUCCCUGUAGACCAGGCCAGCCAAUACCUGCAUUAGCUGCAGACUCUGAAGUGUACAAGAUGCUGCAGGAGAAUCAAGAAUCCAAUGAGCCUCCUCGCCAGUCUGCCUCUUUUAAAGUUCUGCAAGAGAUCCUGGAAACUGGUGAUACAGAUAAACCCUCAGGCUUCAGAAGUGUCAAAGCCCCCACCCCAAAAAUUGGAGCCUCGGUUGGGAAUCCUGAAAAGCUCUCUCUUUGUGACAAAUGUGGUUCAGGGAUUGUAGGAUUGAUGGUCAAAGUUCGAGAUAAGUUUCGCCAUCCAGAAUGCUACGUCUGCACAGACUGCGGGAUCAAUCUUAAGCAAAAAGGACACUUUUUUGUCGAGGAAAAGAUUUACUGCGAGAAACACGCACGUGAACACGUCACUCCGCCAGAGGGUUAUGAUGUUGUCACUGUUUUUCCAAAGUAGAAUGUUUCCCACAUUCUACUUUAAAACUGCACAUUCCCUUAU